AUGCGACUCAUUUUUCUUGUUUUUCUGGUUACUGUAACUACAGUAUGUGUGGCUUAUGAUAUUGAGUGCAAAUGGAAAAAUAAUAUAACAGGUGAGCCAAAAAAAAUUUGAAUUUCGAUCUCUUUUUUCCAAAAUAUACUAUCCGAGGUUUAAAGGAAUCAAAAAAUAUAUUGGAAAAAAUAAGUCACGUUGAACAUCCCGUCGAUAGCUCAGUUGGUAGAGCGGAGGACUGUAGAGUCAGUGGGUAUCCUUAGGUCGCUGGUUCGAAUCCGGCUCGACGGAAUUUUUUUGUUUUUUUAAAAAAAAAUUUUUUCUGAAAAUUCCGCAAUAUGGGAAACUUUUUGAUUAUAAUUGAAAAAAAAUACAUUUAUUUUUUUUUAACAAAUAGGAUUCUUGACCCAAAAUGUAUAAUUGUUGUGUGUCUGUAUCCAACCAGUCAAAAGAAACGCAAGAUUGACCAUUAUAAUCGGGCCAGAUAAUUGUUUUUCAAAAAAAAAUGCGUUAGAUGAUCAUGAGAUGACAGAAAAAAACAACCGAAAAGUUAAUCGGUGGGAUUUUGUGUUCUUUUUUUUACAGACAUCGAAGAUGUGGCACAUCAUAAAUAUCAGGUUUUGGAAGAAUGUCUGUUUUAUAAGCUGACAAAUGAAGCAGAUCGAAUGCAAGGUAUGAACAAAAAGAGAAAAGAUUUGAGAAAAAUAGAAAGAGUUUAGGUAAAUCCAACUCAUUAAUGCUUCUUCCACCAACUGUUGCUGCUGGAGAAACUCUUGAAGUUCAAAUUCUUGAUGGAUCAAUUCGAGAAAUGUGGAUGAAUGAGAUUUUCAAGGAGAUGAAUAUUAAUGGAUUCUUGAAAGUUGUGAGUAAAUUUUCGGGUGAAAACAUGGGUGAGGUUUAAAAGUUAUUUUAAAAGAGACCUGUACCUCCCUUUAACUUCAAACUUUAUUUGUUUAUUUUAUAUUUUAUAUAUGCUCAAAAAACCUACAGUACUCUGAAAUAUUUUCCAGACUACUGUUCUCUAAAGUUUUCUUCUAAAAAAACAUAAUGUUGGUAGCUUAUUACACAACCCUUCCUAGUUUCAAACUACAGUAACAGCAUAAUUCUGCCAGAUUACUGUAAACAUUGAUAAUUUAAAUAAUAAAAUCUCAAUUAAUUUUUUUCAGUCAUGGAAAGAUCGCCGUCUUCGCUGGAAUCCAGAUGAAUGGAAAACUGAGAACUUGAAAAUCAAAUCAUUGGGAAGAUUAUGGGUACCAGACAUCAACUCGGAUAAGUAAGAACUUCCAUUUACAUAGAUCUUUCAUGUCAACCCAAUAUUUUUCAGACAUCAAACCGUUGCACAAUCAGUCGAUUAUGUAACAUUCAACGAUUUGCAAAGUAAUUCAAACGGAAAUGUGACAGCAAGUUUGGAAUUCAGAAUGCACGCACAAUGUGAUAUUGAUUAUACCGAAUAUCCAAAUGACAAAAAACAUUGCUGUUUUACUUUGCAAUCAUCGUUGUAUAAAAGAUAUAUCAAAUAUUUUAUUGAACACGAAGGAGGAAGUGGUAAUUGGAGAUUUUCUCUUUUUUUUCGAAGAAAAAGUUGAACUUUAAUUUCAGAUAUGUUGGAUAUGUCGAGUAUUCGAACCAAUUGGCAUGUCGAUAAAAGUAACUCUUGGAUUCUCAAAGGUACACAAGAAGGAGAUAAUCAUGCUGAGAAGAUCGAGAUCUGUCUCGCAGUCAACAGAAAAUCCUCAACUUUAGCUCUUGAACUCACACUCCCAGUUCUUAUUUCGGCUCUUAUUCUCCUAAUUGCUCCAUUUUUCGGAAAGUUCAAUCAACAAAUCUACGUUAAAAUGUUUGCACUUCUCCUUCAAUUUAUGAGUUUCCAAUUUCUUGCCGAGAAAACACCACAAAUUGGUUUCGGAAAUACAGUUCCAAAGAUUUGUGAGUUAUUUUUGUUUGGAAGACUAUUGUAGAACAAGGAUAAUACUUUCUAGAUGUAUUCUAUGCUUUCACAAUUGGUAUGACAGUUUUGUCAUUAAUCGCAACAGUCAUGAUUUCUGCAAUGAGUCGAGUUAAAAGAAAGGUUCCACCAGCACAUCGAUACACUUUAUUGGCAUCAGUUUUGAAUGCAAAUCUUUGUUGUGGAUCAGAAGAAGAACCAACCACUGAUGGAACAUCCAAAGUGAGUUAUUUUUUCCCAAAAUGUUUUUUUCAAAUAUCUCAACUGUAGAUGUCUCAGGAUGCGUCAUCUGAUUGGCUUCAAAUUCACUCAGCUCUCAAUAAUAUUGCCUCAAUCUUUUUGAUUCUAAUCUACAUCAUCGGUGCAAUCACAAUCGCUUUUUAA